AUGAACACGUCACAAGUUCACACUACAGCCUAUCAUCCUCAAACAGAUGGAAUUGUAGAAAGGUUUAACGCAAUUCUGGCAACAAUUUUGUCUAUGUAUGUGUGUAGUCAUCAGAGAGACUGGGACAACUUUAUUCCACAUGUAUUAUUCGCAUAUCGGACUAGCAUACAAGAGACUACUAAGGAAACUCCAUUCUAUCUGAUGUAUGGAUGCGAUGCCCAAUUACCCAUCGAUGUUGCUCUAACACAGCCAACAGUGCGAUACAUUUCGACAGAUGACUAUCAGAUUGAUUUGAUAGAUAAACUUCAACAUGCAUUUACGCAAGCAAAGGAAAACACAGAGCUUGCACAACAAAAACAGAAACUACAUUCGGACAAACAUUCUAAGGAACCACCCUUUGUUAUUGGGGAAAGGGUUUGGAUUUAUGCUCCUGUAACUGCCAAGGGCUUAUCAACCAAGUCACUACACCCCUGGAGUGGAUCCUGUGAAAUUGCGAAAACACCUCCUGUUAACUUUCAAGUACGGACAUGCGAUGGGAAACGUGUAACAAAGAUAGUUCACAGCAACAGGAUGAAAUCAUUUGUCAAUCCCGAAAAGGAUUUGGAACCGGACGAAGAUGAUGAUGAUGACAUACUUCACGACAAUGACGGAAAAGAUGAUACAACACGCGAUGAACACAUCACUAAUGCCAGUUCAAACACUGAUAAUAGUGUUGAGGUAGAACACAGUGCUAGCAAUAACAUAGUGAGAUGGUGA